CUAGCGUCGUCUGCACACUGCAACCACCGACUUUUGGCGUGGGCAAUUAUCCGCUUGCAUCUCCCUCUUUCCCAUCUCGACUGGCUUCAGUGCGUGCAUCUUACGCACUGCCUCGGAAUGCGAUGGACGGAACUCCGCGCAUGCAGUCUGGCUACCCAGCUACGCCAACGACCUUAGCUCCUCGACGACACGCCGCCGCCGCCGCACAAGAGACGCCCUCUCGAAAUUCAGCCUCUAUCCGCUCGACAUCCUCGUCCAUGUCACAAUCUACAAAAUCACCAAAGCUCCCUCUUGCUCCAGAGAGUGCUCCCCAGCAACGAAAUGGCGGCCAGCCCGUCAUUCCCCUGACACUGCUCGAUGCCCCCCAACAGAGAUUCUACGCCUUUGCUAUUUACGUUCUUUUAUGGGCAUGGAAGCUGUACGACUGGCUCCAGGUUGUUGAAGAUGGCGAAAGCUCUUGGUGGCUGUUCCUCAAAUGGAUCUUCAUCGAUUUCGCUUUUCUCUUUGGCUUGCCUGAGAUGAGAAUACCGUGGCUCGAGCUCUCCCAGCUGCUUGUCACCAGUGUCUUCGCGUCACACGUCGUCAUCAAUUACAUGCUCAUGUUCAACAUUCCUCUCCCGUGGCAAGCGUGGUUGCUUGGUUUCGCCAAAGUCCUUUACGAUCGUGAACUGUCGAUUUCGGAACACAACGUCAAGGUGUCGCACAUCCUGAACAACCAUUCCCUAAUCAUGGGCAAACAAAUCAUCAACAUUCUCCCCGAAGGCUCGGCUGUGCUCAACCCAGAGCACAUUCCGUUCUGUCUGUCCCCGAAAUCCAAGACUGGUGCCCAGCUCCCAAUUUACUUCAAUUCGACCGUCCCCGCCGAGAUUGAGCUUCUGCGAAUCGACCUCGAUACCAACAAGGAAGAAACUAUUCGAGUACCCGGUCGCGAUGUCAACAGAAUCGCAAAGGCUAUCAAAGACCAGCCCACCUCUCUUGGUUACCAAUGGCAGUACGUUGUCAAGAAGCCUGGAGUCUACCGCCUCAAGAAGGUUCUUGACGAGUACAAGCUCGAAGUCCAGCGUUCCACCAAGGCUACUUAUGUGGUACCUUGCCCGCAGGCGAAGAUCAAGACCGCAGAAUCCUCAACGCGCUGCAUUCGUGACCUCUCGGACUUGUCCCUCGACGUUCAUGGAACCCCUCCACUCAAGAUUGUGUACAGCCGAACUACAAAUGGCAAGAACCGUGAUUUCCGCAUGCAGAGUCUGCAGCCCGACGGCUUUACCUCACCCCUUGUUGGCCCAGCUGGCUCUACCGCCCUCCCUGACGACGAUAUUUCCUGGGUCCGCCCUGCUACAGUCACCGUCGGUUUGAACGAAUCCAUGACUUCAGCCGGAUUGUGGGAAUACUCCGUGGAUGAGGUUCACGACGCCUUUGGAAACGUGGUUAAAUAUGCAAAGCCUGGCGAGGAGCCCGACAGUGCCCAUUCUCAGGCGCUGACCUACAACUUCGAAGUCCGUGAGCGCCCCAACGUUCGGAUGAAGGGCUGCGAUCUCCGCACAGCCCUCAAUGCUGCUAAAGGAAAGGCAGCCACCCUUCCUGUUUUCUUUGGAUCAUCUAACCUGGCCGCCGACGCUUCGUACCAUGUUGAGUGGGAAUUCUCACCAAUUGAUACACUGACAAACAGCGGUGACCAUGGUGAUCAAGUUUCUGUUGGUAGCUACAAUGCCAAAUCCUCUAGUGACAAGCCCAAGGUUACCGCGCCCGGUCUAUACACUCUGAAGUCUGUCUCAAGUGGAUCUUGCGAAGGCGAUGUAGAUGAACCCUCUUCUUGUCUGCUUCUCAACCCUCUUGAACCACGCCUUUCGAUCCGAUCUGAAGACAUUCCCGACAAGUGUGCCGGAAACUCGAUUGGUCUUCGAGUCGACUUGGACUUGGUGGGCACGCCACCAUUCACGGUUCGAUACGAUGUGGUGACCGAUCAUGGCACUGAACAGCGCAGACACGAGGUUACUGGCCUCCGUUCUCAGCUUGAUCUGAUCCCCGACGCCCCUGGUCCGCAUAAAUAUGUAUUCAAGUCUAUUGACGACAAGGUCUACAAAAGUUUGGUCCUGACUGGCGACGACAAAGUCUUUACGCAGGAUGUCCGACCCGCUGCAUCUGCUAUCAUCGCCCAACCUGAACCCUCCAUCAUCACUUGUCUCGAUUCUUCCGUGGAGAUUGAUAUUGCCUUUACAGGUGAUCCUCCAUUUGCACUUGACUGGGAAAUGGUACACGAUGGUAAACGUAAAGCAGAAAAGGUGACUGGCCUUGAAUCGAACAAGUUCAAGAUUAAGACUGCAUCACUUACGAAAGGUGGCGACUACAUUCUUGCGCUUAACAGCGUACAGGAUAAACGUGGCUGCCGCAACUUCCUUAAGGACCAGAUGAAGAUAUCUGUCCGCCAGCGCCCUCGUGGAGCGUUCGGCUUGAUUGAACAGAAAAACACCGUAAUGGCGGUUAAGGAUGCACCUAUGAAGAUUCCACUCCGUCUCCAAGGUGAAGGACCUUGGUCUGUUUCAUACAAGAACCUCAAUGGCUCGGGAGAGGUGAUUAAGAAGAAGAUUGAUUCGCCCAAUGGGUCGAUUAUGGUCAAGACCGCUGGUGUUUAUGAGCUAGUUGAUAUUAGCGAUGAUAGAUGCCCUGGUUCUAUUGAACCAAGCGCAUCGACUUUCCAGGUUGAUUGGUAUCCUUUGCCAGAGCUGUCACUUGUCGCCGCCGACAGCGUCACUCGUGGCUCUGACAACGUCUACGUCAAGCAAGAGAUUUGCGAAGGAGACAUUGAUGGAUUCGAAGUAUUCAUGCAAGGCUCUCCCCCUUACCACGUCAACUAUGAGGUGCAACACCAGAACCCUCAGGGCGCCAGAUCGAGCAGACACCGAGACUUUGAUGCUGCAUUUUCGAAGGCCUCCAUUAGCAUGGAAACGGGCAAAGCUGGACAGUAUACUUACAAGUUCACUGCCUUGGCUGACUCGUUGUACACCCUUGACAAGAGUUUCAGCCCUGUCAUUGUACGCCAGCGAGUCAAUGCUAAGCCAAGCGCUGCAUUUUCCAAGCCUGGUCUUGCAUUCAAGUACUGUGCAGAAGAGCAAGAACAAGAAGACACCAUCCCGAUUACCUUGACUGGCGUGGCACCGUUCUAUAUCGAAGUGGAGGUCAAGCACCAGUCUGGCUCCGCUCCUGAAACCUACCACGUCCCAUCCAUCAACACCAAUACCUACCAGAUGCAUAUCCCUCGCAAGCAUUUGCGCUUGGGAUCACAGCAGCUUCGUAUUCGAAAGGUUCGGGAUGCUAGAGGCUGCCAACAGAAGUACGAAGUGAACGGUCCCUCCGUCCACAUUCAGCUCUAUGAUGCGCCCUCGAUUUAUCCCCUGGAGUCGCGCGAAGACUACUGUGUUGGUGAGCGCAUUGCCUACACAUUGUCCGGCACACCACCUUUUGAUAUCACGUACGACUUCAACGGCAAAUGGAAUGCCAAGUCGCAGACAACCAGCUUCCGCCGUGUCGCCGAGAAGCCCGGUGACUUUAUCAUUACCAGCGUCUCUGACAAGGCUAGCGAGUGCCGUGCAGCUGUUAACCUCCAGAAGACUAUCCACCCGCUCCCUAGUGUUCAGAUUAGUAGAGGAAGACAGGAGCGUGUUGAUAUUCACGAGGGUAACGAAGUUGACAUUCUCUUUGAAUUCUGGGGUACACCACCCUUCGAGUUUACGUAUACGAGAAGCACCAACGCCAAGAAGGGACACAAGAGUGUUAUUCUUGAGACACGCUACGACAUUUCUUAUGAGCACAGCAAGGUCGUCAAGGCCUCUCAAGAAGGAACGUAUGAGGUUGUGGCUAUUAAGGACAAGUUCUGCUCGUUCUCAACGCAGCAAGCAGACAAGAGAGAUAGAAAGUAAAUGUCCAUAACGAGAUGGUGAGGAAGAUUAAUGCACUGUUUUUUGGCGAGUUGUUUUUGUUAAACGCAUGGUCUUUGGAUGGAUUGUUUGGACAAUGACUAGUUUGGUCCAAAUCUUUGUACAUAUACUAUAUUUUUAUACCAUGGAAUGGCGUUUUAUAAUUGAGAAUGUAACACAUGUGAACUUCUA